UCUGAAAUUCUGCAUAAAAUCAGAUUUGAAUUUGUGAGAUCGGAAGGAAAUGGGGUUCGCCGUGACAAGUUUAAUUUUUGUUGUGGUCGGAGUUAUUGCAUCAUUCGGUGCCGGAAUCUGCUGCAACAGAGGCCCUUCAACUAAUUUGUUACACCUGACAUUGAUUAUCACUGCUACAGUGUGCUGUUGGAUGAUGUGGGCAAUUGUGUACCUUGCGCAGUUGAAACCGCUCAUUGUACCAAUCUUGAGUGAAGGAGAGUGAGAUGCUCAUGGAAGAUUUGAUGAGGGGAAGGAGUAUUUUGAGGCAUGUAGUAGCUGAAGAUACUGUUGUAUUAAAAUUUCUGUGUUCUUAUAUAUAGUAGUAACAAUUUCGAGUCAUUUUGUAGAUUCAUAGUACUAUGUUUUCCAGUUCGAAAUCCUUUUGGGAAACCUUUCUGAGCUUUUGAACUAAUGGCAAUAAUAACAGUGGAUGAUGUAACUGGUAGCUCUUACUCUUUUUUUUUUUUUUUCUGAAAUAAAAUCAUUAUCCAUCUGCAUUUGUUA